AUGCUCAAGGACCCUCUGAUUGCUCGACACGUUGUGUCGCGUCCCCAAACAGGGCCCUUUGCCUGCGCGUGGUUUGCUUUGCUUGCGGCAGCAACCCUCGGCGCCCUGUCCAUCGCUGCACUUCUGAUCGACUGGAGUGCCAUGAGCCUCCGAGUCACCAGCGCCGACCCUGCCUGCCACCCCAUCCCCCUAUACUGUCGCCGCCUGCCAGAGUACCAGAGGAAGCUCAUGCCCGAGUGCAGCGUCCCGGCAAAGUGCAAUCGGAAGCACAACCCUCUCAACCCUCGCCGGGACGUGAGUGGCUAUGGUCACGGCCUUGAGUGGACGGGGGCAGCCUCUUUUGCCAACGGAACCCUACACCUCGGCAUUCUCAGGACUCCGCUCUACCACAGAAAGCCUGAAAGCAGCCCAACUGUGGCGCUCUCUGUCUUCAUGUACACCGCCACAGGGCAAGAGGCGGCCGAGAGCGGCGUCCUGGUCGGCCACUGCGGUGGUCCAAGUAGCGGCGCCCUCUGCGGCGUGAUCCUGUCGAGGGCGGCUGCGGCGACCGCCAAGAAGGACAACGCGGGGAAUGAUAUGUAUUUCGCGAUCGGAAUCUCACAGCGGGGUGUCCAGAUAGAGAACGCACAGGCAUACGAUGCCGCCUCGCGCGCGGUGCUGGAGGCAAUGCCAAGACUUCAAUGCACCCACGACACGCUCAAGCUCCCAACGCCCGAUCCUGCCCGGUGGGGCAAAUACCGAGUCUCCGACUUCUCGUCCUGCAGCUGCGCGCUCCCCGACGGCAGCCCUGCAAUGGGAGAGACGUGGGUGGAUGUCGACCCGUCCGACGCGGCGUCCGUGGAGGGUUACCUCAGGAGGUUGCAGGUCCGUAACACGAGGUGCGACGGGGACCCAAAGUGGGCGAUGCGAGGCUCCGAUGGCGCGAGGUACAACUACCUCGACUAUUUAGGCUCGAACGUGCUCGCACACGACCUCAACCUUCUUCGCGACGCCCUCGGAGUGCCCAAGCUCUCCCUCUCGGGCAUCUCUUAUGGCACAGGGGUCGGCGCCGCUUACGGUUCCAUCUACAGGGACGAGCUAGACCGUCUCAAGCUCGACUCGAAUGUGCUGCCCUCUGACCCCGAGAGCAAGGAGCUCGCCUUCGGUGCCGCCCGCGGGCUGGAGCAAGGCGUCGACAAACUGCUUGAUAUGUGCGUCGCCCGUCGCUCCCGUCAAUACAACCACACCGAAUGUGCGCUUGGCGCCGAUCCAUGGGCCGCGUUCGACGCCCUUGUCGCGGAGCUCCGUUCUCCGGGGCUCUUUGCCAAGGCAGGCGGCCGCGACGACCUCGCUCCGGUCCGGCUUGGCCUCGGUAUGGUCGGCGGCUACCUCUCAACGUGUAUGAACCUGGAGUCGUGGACGACGACCUGCACCAAUAUCCUCGUCGAUCUCACCUCCACCGAUCUGGCGAGGAGGCAGGCCCGGGUGGAGGAGAUUCUCGACGCUUUUUGCGUCAUCCCGAACGCCACCAACGCGACGGCCACUGUGGUCACGUGGCGCCGGUAUGGGGUUUGCAUCGGUGGCUCGCACGUUGGCAUCACCCUCGGCCGAAGCGACUCGUUCCUCGACCAGACGGGCAUCAUCGGCGUCGACUAUUACGGCCGCCGCAGCCUCAAGAGUGCGAUGCGCGUCUACCGGGAGGCGCUCGCCACCUUCGACUACCCGGCCACGGGCGCCUUCCUCGGCUGGUUUGGCGCAACAUUCGACUGGCAGGUCACGCCCGACCCGAUCCGAAGCGGCACGCUCGAGAAAGCGAAGGUAUUGAUCGCGGGCAAUCUCUACGACCCUGGCACGGCCAUCGGGUGGACGCUCAAGAUGCGCCAGGCCUUCCCCAACUCGGCGCUCCUCAUCUCCCAAGCCGUCGGCCAUGGGACCGGCAUGCCGCUGAUCGCCGGGAUGGACAUGCGCAACGACAGCGCUUACAUCGACUGGGGCGCAUGCCACGCGGCAGUCGACAGGUUCUGGGCGAUCGGAGAGCUCCCCCUCGACGGCAUGAUUUGCCGCCAGGAGGGACCGGUCCAGAGGUGA